AUGAAACAGCCUAGAAGAUUUUUGACUGAGGGAACCUCUGUAAGCAAAGACGUAAUACAAGCUGCCGAUUUAUUUAAAGAAGCUGAAGAUAAUAAUACGGAUGCUUGUUUCUGCUAUACGCUUUUGAUGACCGAUAAGAGUUCAGGUGUGAAGUUUAACUGUCUAACUUAG